CUUCAUACCCGCAGAUCGAUCUCUAUCACCGCCAAAUUCUGAUUCCUACACCUCCAAUCUGAUCCUCGAUGGCCAUGGAAGACAAUGAAAGCUGUGGUAGUAGGGCUGUGGAAUCGCCUAAAAAGAGUCGACAACGACGCCAGAAACUUGAGGUUUAUAACGAUGUCCUCAAUCGAUUGUACGAUAUGAAUCAUGAGGAUACCGAACUACCUGAUUUCGAAGACCAGCUUUGGAUUCACUUUAAUCGCCUUCCUCCGAGAUAUGCUCUGGAUGUGAACGUAGAGAGAGCGGAAGAUGUGAUCACGCAUAAGAGGGUUUUACAGAUGGCGGAAAAUCCUGCUAAUAGACCUGCAUUUGAAGUCCGCUUAGUGCAGGUUCAUCCUGCCUCAGAUGGGAACACACCUGAUUUGGACAAUAUGGAACCCUCAAUGAAAGAAGAUGCUCAGAGUCCUUCACCUUACAGCAGCAGAAACGGAGUGCACCCCCCAUCUUUUGGUUCAGCACAGAACCUUGAAGGGCUUGCACUUAAAGCCACUAGACAUCAGGAAACUUAUGCAGACAAUGAUGUAAAUUCAACUUCAGUGUUUUCUAGGCCUAUGCAUGAGAUCACAUUUUCAACAAUAGACAGACCAAAGCUCCUAAGUCAGUUGACUUCUUUACUUUCUGAGGCUGGAUUGAAUAUUCAAGAAGCACAUGCUUUCUCCACUGCUGAUGGCUUCUCCUUGGAUGUCUUUGUUGUAGAUGGUUGGCCUCAUGAGGAAACUACACAGCUAAGAACUGCAAUAGCAAGGGAAAUAAUGAAGGCUAAGGGGGAAUCAUAUCCUGAAAAACCUUCUCCAUCCACUAUUUCCAAAUCUACCCCUUCUCCAAGUAACUCCAUCCCUUCAAAUGAUCAUGUCAAAAUACCCACUGAUGGAACUGAUGUAUGGGAAAUCGAUGCAAGUCUGUUAAAAUUUGAAAAUAAAGUUGCAUCUGGUACUUUUGGUGACCUAUAUAAAGGCACAUAUUGUAGUCAGGAAGUUGCUAUUAAAGUUCUUAAACCAGAAAGAAUCGAUGCUGAUAUGCUAAGAGAAUUCUCCCAAGAAGUUUUUAUUAUGAGGAAAAUUAGACACAAAAAUGUUGUUCAAUUUAUCGGAGCAUGUACAGAGCCUACAAAACUAUGCAUUGUAACUGAGUUCAUGGCACGUGGAAGCAUAUAUAACUUUCUCCACAAGCAAAGUGGUUCUUUUAAGCUUCCUUUAUUACUCAAAAUAUCAAUCGAUAUAUCCAAAGGCAUGACCUACCUCCACCAAAAUAACAUCAUCCACCGAGACUUAAAAACCGCAAACCUUCUUAUGGAUGAACACGAAGUUGUUAAGGUUGCUGAUUUUGGGGUGGCCAGGGUUCAGACGCAAUCUGGAGUAAUGACUGCGGAAACUGGCACGUACCGUUGGAUGGCACCAGAGGUUAUUGAGCACAAACCGUAUGAUCAUAAAGCUGACGUGUUCAGUUUCGGGAUAGUUCUAUGGGAGCUUUUAACAGGCGAAGUUCCCUACUCGUACUUAACCCCGUUACAAGCAGCAGUUGGUGUAGUACAACAGGGUUUGCGGCCGACAAUCCCUAAGGAGACACAUCCAAAGCUUAAAGAGUUACUCGAGAGUUGUUGGCAACAAAACCCGUCGUUGAGACCCAACUUCACCCAAAUUUUAGACAAACUAAAGCAAUUAGCAAAAGAGGUUGGGAAUGCGGGAGAGGGGCAAAAGGGGAAAUCGAAUAGUGGAUUUUUCUCCGGUUUUAAAAAAGGGCACCAUUGAAGUAGUGGAAGCAAGAGAUGUAAUUUGUUUUUUUUUUUUUUUUGUUAUUUGGAAAAUUUGUGUUCAUGUCAU